AUGGAUCUUGUCAGAGCAGUCCCUAAAGAUCUCGCCAGUUUGCCAGAAUAUGUUGUCACGAAUUUCCUGCCUGGUGCACAACCUCUACUUCAGAGAUACCCUCGCGUCUUUCGGCUUCUUGGCAUACUUCUAGCCUUGUGGUACUUCGGUCCACUGGCCAGACUUCAAGCCAUAUGGGCUAGAUUCUCUCAGUUCUUGAUCUCAACUAUCACCGUUUCGAGCGAGGAAGACCUAUUCCAGUACAUGACUAACUGGAUUGCCGAGAAGAAGACAUUACGGAAAGACCAGACACUCAAUGCCAUCAGUAAUACCCCCGUGGACGAAAGACGGAAGCGACGGCAUGAUGCCGACUUUGAGGAAAUCGCUCGAAAGCCUGUAGAUGACCCAAAGAUCAAGUACGAGCAGUCGCAAGGUCCCCAGGUAUUCAUCCACAAGGGCCGCAUCUUCUUCAUCAAGCGCACACAUGGCGAAGGUCACACCUAUUACGGCAACCGCUACAAGAGGAUCGAAGUGUUAUCCGUCUCUUGCCUCGGUCGGUCUGCCCAGCCUAUCAAAGAUCUCAUCGAAGAUGUGUACCAGCUCAACAAAGACAAAGAGCGAACCAUGACCAUCAUUCGACGACCUUUCACUGGCGGCUACAGCAGCAGACUCAGUUGGUCGCGACUUACGUCCAAACCACGAAGAGGUCUAGACACUGUCAUUCUUGACCCACAACAAAAGGCUGCUAUAUUGAAGGACAUUGAAGAGUACAUGGAUGAGAGCACACAGAAUUUUUAUGGAGAUCAUGGUAUCCCCUACCGUCGUGGAUACCUGUUCCAUGGACCACCUGGAUGUGGAAAGACUUCUUUCUGCUUGGCUCUGGCCUCGAAGUUCAACCUCGACGUCUACGUGCUUACCCUGCUCGAUCACGAGCUGCAGGACUCCGAUCUUAUGUCUCUCAUGAAUCAGCUGCCAUCACCGUCUCUAUUACUCCUUGAAGAUAUCGAUACGGCUGGACUGUCUCGGAAGAAGCCCUUCGCCGACACGACUGCACGUGGGGGUGACGCUCCUAUUCCUUUUCCCUUCCCUGGUGUGGGUCGCAGAGGCAAACGUCGCGGCAUGCCAGAAGGAGCGGUUGCAGCAAACACGAGUACUGGGGGAACAAACCUCGAAUCCGAUGAUGAGGACACUAACAAGCAAGCGACUCGAGUAAGUCUGUCUGGACUGCUAAACGCUAUCGAUGGUGUCGCUGCGCCAGAGGGACAUAUUUUGAUCAUGACCACCAACAAACCUCAUGAGCUGGACGAUGCUCUUGUUCGUGCCGGAAGAAUUAGUGUCAAGGUCGCAUUUACCAAUGCCACAAAACAACAAGCCGAGCAGAUCUUCCUUCGGAUGUAUGUUGAUGGUCCGGAUUCAGACAAGACGGAAAAACACCCGCAAUCUAAUAUGGCGGGUCUGUCCAAACAAUUUGCUGAGCAACUCCCUGAAGGUGAUUUCAGCCCCGCGGAUCUUCAGGACUAUCUUCUCGUGCACAAGAAAGAUCCUCAAGGUGCAGUCGACGAUCUCGGAGCUUGGAUGGACGGUCAACGCGAAGAACGGAAGAGAAGGGAGCAGGAGAAGGAAGCUGAGAUCAGGUACAAAGCACAAAAGGCUGAACGACGACGUAGGCAGUUUCGGGAAGACAUGAAGGCUGCAUUAGCUGAGGAGAAGAAGAUAGUCGAGAAUGGAGAUGCUGCCGAAGAGGCGGGUGUAGAGGCUACUGGGGCAGGCGGCAAGUCCAGUGGUGAAGAUGCCGCAACCGAUGAACGACCAAUCGAUGAACAGAUGAGAGAAGCAGAGAAGGAGAUCGCUCUAGAGGAUAGAGCCAGACCUUGA